AUGAUCGAACUAUUAGACCUGUGUUAUGAUGUUCUGAUCGGGAUCUUGGAGGAGAUAGAUCCUCACGACCUCGCGGCAUGUGCACAAACGUCCAGAGGCUUCAACCAAUUCAUCAAGGAGAACAAGCGACUUUACAAGACUUUGUACCUGAAGCACUUCGACGACCCUCGACGCCGAAGACCGGCCGAUCCUGAGCCAGAAUGGGUAGGAGCGAUGCAGAGGGUAGUGAGAUGUCAAAAGAUCCUCGAUUCUGCCAACAAUGACCUCAAGAGAGAAGAGUUCACAUUCGUCGCAACGACCGUCGACGAGCUUAUCGCCACGAUGUCACAAGAUGAAGAUGGCGUGACUCACAACAAGCGAUUAGUGACCGACCAGUUCCAGCGUAUCGCACAAAAUCAUGAUGCCUUCAUGUGCCGAUCUUCCCUGUUCGACCGUGCCGGUACAGGAAAGCAGAGGCCAGCUGGGGAUGAAGAGAGUCGACAGCUGAGCGCAAGACUGCACAGUCUAUUCGGCUUCCCGCCAUCCAACGCUGGAAGAAGAGAUCUCUCAACAAACCCGUAUGCCAGAUCGCGUGUAUACGACCUGCGAAACUACACCGAUAACAACGAGUGGGGACCUUUCCGUGACGAUGGCACCAUGCGAGUGGAUUGGGAGAUGAUCGAAAGCAUCAUGAUAGUCAUCGGCUAUAACUCCUGCUACUGCACGCAUACCGUAUCGAACAAACUCCGGCCACCAUGGUUUGCUCCACUUGAUGGCGUGAUUCCGGAAGACGCUCAUCAGAUGGGCGCCGCACGGAACUAUACAGCGUUGGUACAACAACCGGACAUUUCCCUCAACAUGAAGGAUCCAUACGGAGUGGAAGGUAUCUGGUCGCGUAUCGUAUGUUUCCUCGAUUACAACGACUUGUACCACUACAACUUCAGCACCGAGGCGAUGAAAGUUCCUUCCGACGAGCCGAGAGACGCACUCAACACCGACGAAGCCAUCAGACACAUCAUUAUGGACUUGCGCAUCACAGACGUCACAGCACCAGGGCCUUUCGACAACUCAAAGCUACCCAUUGUUCAUUUCAGAGGCAAAUCGAAGUCCGUAGAUGCGCAUUGGGAUCCAAAUGCCAACUCUGGUAUUCGCGGCACUGUUAGCUUGACACCGGAAGGAGAGGUUCGCUGGCAGACUAUCUCAGUAUUUCAAGGCGGUGAGGAGCGAUGGCGCAGUGAUGGUAUACAAGUUGGUGGGUUGCACUGCCCACGCGGUGUUGUAGGAACGUGGUUUGACAAGGACUUCGAUGCUCAUGGCCCUGCUGGACCCACAGCUUUCUGGAAAGUCAGCGAGAGGCCUGUCGAUUCUGCAGAUGAGGACAGCGAUUCCGAAGAUAGCUUUUGGGACGCUUCGUAG